AUGCGUAUAGGCGAUCACUUUCAGACCGGUUUGCUGUGGAAGAACGAUAAACCGCAGCUGCCAGAUAGCCUACCAAUGGCUCUCAAAGGAAUGAAAGCUCUAAAACGAUCAUUGUCAAAAAAACGCGAGCUAGAGCCAAACGUUGAGCGACAAAUUGAAGAAUAUCAACGAAAGGACUAUGCACACGUUGCCUCCCCCCAAGAGCUAGCAGAAUCAGAACCAGGGAAAGAAUUCGUCGACCAGUUUCCGGAUGCAGUACAGACAAUCGUAAAUAAACACUAUGUCGACGACUACCUGGAUUCGACAGUGACAGUCAGCGAAGCUAUCAAGCGAGCGACACCGAAUUUUUGCAGCAUUUCAGUGAACAGCAAAAUAAGCAGCAGCUGGUCCCUGGUUCAUUUCAAUCCUGAAAAGGAAAACAGAACGGAGCGAGUUUUGGGAGUAUCGUGGGACACAACCGAAGAUGUCUUGCGAUUUGCCGUUAAGCUGAGACCGGAUCUGGAAGAAUUUUUGGAAAGGGAACAGAGGCCAACAAAGCGGAUCCUGCUUAGUAUUGUUAUGAGUUUCUUUGACCCGCUUGGUUUGUGGGCCCUCUUUACGGUAUUCGUCAAAAUUAUAAUUCAGGACCUCUGGAGGAAGGGUAACACGUGGGAUACGCCUAUCGACGACGAAUCAGCUCCGCAGUGGCUGAAUUGGAUUGAAUUGCUGCCAAAAGUGCAAUCUAUGAAGAUACCUCGCUACUAUUUUCACAGUGCUACCUCAUCCGAGCUGGAAAAUCUGCAACUUCACAUAUUUGCAGAUGCUAGUGAAAAUGCCUACGGAUGUGUGGCCUACUUUCUAGCCAUCGUGAACGGACAACCAAAUUGCGCGCUGGUAACCGCCAACUCAAAGGUCGCCCCACUACAAUACACGUCCAUCCCUCGCAUGGAGCUUCAAGCAGCAGUUUUAGCGGCACGAUUAUCUGUUUCGGUGAAAUCAAAUCACACUCUCCCGAUAAAGCAGCUGAUUAUAUGGGUCGACUCCAAUACAGUGCUGUCCUGGAUUGGUUCAGACCACAGGAAAUAUAAGCAAUAUGUGGCACAUCGCAUAGGGGAAAUUUUGAGCGUCACUAAUACAACGGACUGGCGCUGGGUCCCCACAAGGAACAACAUCGCGGAUGUUCUAACAAAAUGGGGAACUAAAGGACCUCCUUUGGAGUCAAACGGUGAAUGGGUGAACGGACCAGCAUCCCUUUAUCGCCCAGAAGAAGAACGGCCGCAACGUGCACCAGUCAAAGCAGAUGUUGAAGAAGAGUUGCGGGCCCAAUUCCUUUUCCACGAGAUCAUGCUCUUCGAUUCCGUUGUGGAUUUUUCGCGGUUUUCACGAUGGACAAACUUGAAAAUCCAAAGAAUUGGCACUCGAAACUGUGCCGGCUACAAACGCGCAGAGAAGGUUAAUGAAAGCAACUUUCAUAAAUAA